CGGAGGGAACAUAAACCCCGCAGCGCAGCGGCGACUGCGCAGACACACGCAGAUACAGACGCAGACGGAACGAAGCUCGUUCUUGCAGCCUGUCUCAUAAAGGGUGACCCCAUAUGGACAGUGGGGGGAUGUCAUCUGGGACGGGUGUCUACCCUCACCCCCUCUAACCCCCUGUUACAACCCCACACCAGAUUAACAGCAUCAGCGGAAAAUAAAAGUACCUGAACAGCAUCAAUGACUCACAUAUAAAGAUAAAUUGUUCCAGAGUGUUCUGCGUUGAGUUUAUAAGUCUGUGACGGAGCGUGUGUUUGAUAUCAGACAGCUAUGAGCAGUAACUACAUCGUGGCGUUACAGGGUCCGGCCCCCUGGGGCUUCAGACUGCAGGGGGGGAAAGAUUUUAACAUGCCCCUCGCCAUCUCACGGAUGAUAGAUGGGGGAAAGGCAGCGAAGGCUGGAAUAUCUGUGGGAGAUCUGGUGUUGUCCAUCGAUGGCAUCCGUACUGACGCCAUGAAUCACCUGGAAGCUCAAAACAAAAUCAAAUCCUGCACAGGGAGUCUCAACCUCAACUUACAGAAGGCAUCGAACCUUCCCAAACCGGAAGCGGCACCGAAGGAUGAUUCUGUGGAAAUCAUCAAACCCGUUCCCAUUCCAUGUUCCUCUGACAUCACAAACUCCACCCCCAUCACUCCAUCCACCUAUAAGAGCGCUCAGCUGCCGGGAGGGGCGGGGUCAUCGUGCACAGCCUCCAUUCCACCCGCCGCAUCCGCUUUUGCAUCCGCCUUAUCGGCUCCAGUCCCUAAUCCACCGGCUCCGCCCAGUCUCGCUGACGUCACGGCCGCCUCACCCAAUCACCUGCCGGCAGUGCCCCGCCCUUCAGUCUAUAACACGCCCAUCGAUCUGUACUCCAGUGAGAACGCCUGUGAGGUGGCCAUGGGUCAGAGGCGGGGCCUGCUGGAGAGUCAGGGUGAGAGCUUACAGCUGAAUGGACCUCCUCGCAAGCCCAUCACAGAGACGGACAUCGAGUUUUAUCAUGUUGCAACUCACGGUGAUGCCAGCAGAAAACGCAUCAUGGAGGACACAGAGGACUGGCAUCCUCGAACCGGAACGUCCCAGUCCCGAUCCUUCAGAAUCCUGGCACAGAUCACUGGCACUGAAUCUGAUCGGCCAGAAGGGACUGAAUCUACCAAAACAACAAAUGAGGACUCUGAAGAACCCAGCGCUCAUGUCACCUGUCCUGUUAAGACCAUGAUCAAAGCCCCCGGUACACCUGUCAGAAACACCACAGGUCUCAUUACUCCCACUUUUGGUGUUGUGAGCAACAGUACACCUUUGGGCCCCGCCUUGGACCGCCCCAUGCCCCGCCCACACCCAGAGGACGAAGCCUCGUUGGUCCAGAUGGCAGAACACAUCCCUGCUGGGACACGCACUCCCAUGUGUGCUCACUGUCACAUGGUCAUCAGGGGUCCGUUUCUGGUGGCGAUGGGCAAGUCGUGGCAUCCGGAGGAGUUCACGUGUGCGCGCUGCAGCGUGUCUCUCAGCGAACUGGGUUUUGUGGAGGAGAAGGGCUGUGUUUACUGUCAGCACUGUUACCAAGAGUUCUUCGCGCCCACCUGCGCUCGCUGCCGAUACAAAAUCAUGGGGGAAGUGAUCAAUGCUCUGAAGCAGACCUGGCACGUGUACUGCUUCCUGUGUGCGUACUGCCAGCAGCCAAUCAGAAACAACACGUUCCACCUGGAGGACGGAGAACCCUACUGCGAGAGAGAUUAUUACAGUCUGUUUGGGACGGGUUGUCGAGGUUGUGAUUUUCCAAUCGAAGCGGGAGAUUCGUUUUUAGAAGCUCUUGGAUUCACCUGGCAUGACACCUGCUUUGUGUGCACCGUGUGCAGUGUCAGUCUGGAGGGUCAAACGUUCUUCUCCAAAAAGGACAAACUGCUCUGCAAGAAACACGCGUACACCUUCAAAAUAUAAAAGCACAACGAACAUAAUUUCCGAAGUGUUAACAAAAAAGAAAACGUAUUUACAAAAACAUUGCAUGAUCACAAUAAAAGCAUGUGGAAAGAGGUUUCUGUCGGAGAUUGAAUUGUUUAAAAAGACUGAGAAGCUGAAAAAUAUGUAAUGGUUUUACUGGAAGAGUUUUUUUCUGACACUGUUUGUACGAGAGAUUUUGUGAUCUGAGAACCAGCAGCACUUUUAAAAGUUUUUUCACUUUCUGUUCUAUCCUUCAAACUGUGAGAACCAGUUAUGAGAAGAGUAAAAUAAUUCAUUGAAAACCUUACAGAAUUAAAACAUUAAAUAGAGUUUAGAUGACAGAAUGCUGAGCAUCAGCAUCAGACUUUUUUUUCUUGCCUUCAGUUUCCCUUCACUUUUCAUAACUGCAUAUUUAUUUCACAAUUUGGGAUAGUGCGCACUUUUUAUUUGACUCUAUAUAUCACGUAUGAUGCUUUUGUUUGUUUUUAUGCUUUUAUAUUUUUUGUCAAUAUCAAUUAAACCAUUGAAGUCUUUUUUUGAAUAGUCUUUUCUUGCGGCACUAAACUAUAGGGUUUACUUAGCAACCACCUAUCAACCCAAAAAAUAAACACCUAAAAAAUGCAUAACAACGCCCUGGCAACACUUUAGCAUCGUGGCGUUGACUUCAGCAUGAGCAAGAACCUGUUAUGUUAGAUUCUUAAAACCAAAUGAAUGAAUCUGUAACAGGAGGGGAGGGGCAUGUGACCUCAGUUACACAUCUGAAUGAUGACGGACAUUCACUUCAGCAACAAGGAUGCUUCACUGUUUGUGUUCAGUGAGAUGUUCACACCUGCUGCUUCC